AUGAAGGGCGAUCUUGACUCGCUGCUGGUGAUCGCGACGAAGAACCCCGGCGAUGCGUUCACCCUCAUCCUCAAACCCGUACUUUGGCUUUCAGGACCGCGGGAGCACGUCGAUGGUGUUGCGGAUAAACAGGAAAGGCGGGAUUCCCGUCACCUGUCCACCUGGUACCCUGAUAUUUGCAUCCGACCCGACCUGCUUCACGGUAGUCAAACUCUCGUUCGGUAG